AUGCAUCCUGCAGGACGCAUUCACCCAACACAGAAGUUUCCAGAAGCUGAUGGCUUCACCAAGGGCCAACAGAUGCCGUGUGAGAAGGGCUGGAGGGAACCGGCAGCCUCCACGCAGCUCCCAGGCUCGCACCAUGUCCUCAUCUCUGUCCCUCUCCCUGCGCUGUCAGGCCCCAUGGCAGCACCCACCUCACUCCAUCCCAGCUGCUCACGCUAUGACCGGGAACUCAAGUCCAAGGCAGCUAAUGUCCUGGAGGGUGACUCCAUGGACCAGGAUGUUGAGAGCCCUGUGGCCAUUCACCAGCCAAAGUUGCCUAAGCAGGCCAGGGACGACCUGCCAAGACACAUCAGCCGAGACCGGACCAAAAGGAAAAUCCAGAGGUACGUGCGGAAAGAUGGAAAGUGCAACGUCCACCAUGGCAACGUGAGGGAGACCUAUCGCUACCUGACCGAUAUCUUCACCACCUUAGUAGACCUCAAGUGGAGAUUCAACCUGUUGAUUUUUGUCAUGGUUUACACAGUGACAUGGCUCUUUUUUGGAAUGAUCUGGUGGCUAAUUGCAUACAUCCGAGGAGACAUGGACCACAUAGAGGACCCUUCAUGGACUCCUUGCGUCACCAACCUCAAUGGGUUUGUCUCUGCUUUUUUAUUCUCCAUAGAGACAGAAACCACCAUUGGUUAUGGCUACCGGGUCAUCACAGACAAGUGCCCAGAGGGAAUUAUUCUCCUCUUAAUCCAAUCUGUCUUGGGGUCCAUUGUCAAUGCAUUCAUGGUGGGAUGCAUGUUUGUAAAAAUAUCGCAACCCAAGAAGAGGGCAGAGACCCUGGUUUUUUCCACCCAUGCGGUGAUCUCCAUGAGGGAUGGGAAACUGUGCCUGAUGUUUCGCGUAGGGGAUCUGAGGAAUUCCCACAUCGUGGAGGCUUCCAUCAGAGCUAAGUUGAUCAAAUCCAAACAGACCUCAGAGGGGGAGUUCAUCCCCUUGAACCAGACGGAUAUCAACGUAGGGUAUUACACCGGCGAUGACCGUCUCUUUCUGGUAUCACCACUCAUUAUUAGCCACGAAAUUAACCAACAGAGUCCUUUCUGGGAGAUCUCCAAAGCCCAGCUGCCCAAAGAGGAACUGGAAAUCGUGGUCAUCCUAGAAGGCAUGGUGGAAGCUACAGGGAUGACGUGCCAAGCUCGAAGCUCCUACAUCACUAGUGAGAUCCUCUGGGGGUACCGGUUCACCCCUGUCCUGACGCUGGAGGACGGGUUCUACGAAGUCGACUACAACAGCUUCCACGAGACCUACGAGACCAGCACCCCAUCUCUCAGUGCCAAAGAGCUGGCCGAGUUAGCCAGCAGGGCUGAGCUGCCCCUGAGCUGGUCCGUCUCCAGCAAACUCAACCAACAUGCAGAACUGGAGACUGAGGAGGAAGAAAAGAACCCUGAGGAGCGGACGGAGAGGAAUGGUGAUGUGGCGAAUCUAGAGAACGAAUCCAAAGUUUAG